UGUCAAGGCUCCUCACUUUCCUCCACUUCCCGCGCCAACUCCCAACCUCAGCAAACUGCCAUCGCCGACAACUGGUGUCAACCACGACCAAAAUGGCCGAGGAUGACUCUUCUGAGCUUUCUUCGAUUUCUUCCCUUUCAGAGCCGCCAUCUGAUGAUGAAUCCGACAUCCAAUUGGAGGAGCGCCACGGCAUCCUGAAAUUCUUCCACAAGGUGGACAAGAACCAAGCGCUGGAGCCCAAGGAGAGAACGCCCCCCAGACCCAAGCGCGAGCCUUCACCACCUCAUGAAUAUGUCCUAGCAGACAAUCCAGAUAUUUCUUUCAUCGUCAUGUUCCGCGCCCGGUUUUCCGAAGCGUUUCCAAAGAACCUUGCGAACUUUGGCCCCCAGGAGCUCGAGCGCGAUGUCGUCGAGUCAAUUCCGGGUGAGCGCGUUGAGCACUUCCUGUGCGCGCUGCUUGGCUUGCUCCUCAACCGCAAGCAAGAUGUGAAACCUGGACAUUACAACCGCGCGCUCGAGGAAGCUAUCCAGACACACAAGGGGCAAUGGGCGAAGGACUGGGAGAGCCAGAACCCGCUUGCGGGGCAGGCGACAUUUGCGUCGAUGACGCCGGUGCAACGGCUCACGCUGUUGCGGACACUCGUGCAAUGGACCCUCUCAUCGUCGGAUGCUGUCAGGACGAUCAUCAGUCAAUCAUACAAGAACCGGCACGACGACGAUCUUAACAUACCCCUGAGCGUGCAGCCUUGGGGAAGCGAUGGCGACAAACGGCGGUACUUCCUGAUUGAGGGCAACGACGACACUUCAUUCCGGGUAUACCGAGAGAGCAAUCCAGCUGGACUGCAGCGGACGUGGUGGAGUGUCGCCGGCAACAUCGACGAACUCAAGGCACUCGCUGAGAAGCUCGAGACCCAGGACGGCGGACCGAAAGCCAAGGCGUUCGCGAAGAGAAUCAUGCUGAGCAUCCCUCGAUUUGAGGCUACAGAGGAGAAACGGCGGCGUAGAGAGUAUCGCCAGAUGCGCAAGGAACAGUUCAGGCGGCCCGAGCCUGGCUUCUCGCUGUACGAGGGCCGCACCAGAGGCAAGCGCAUGAAGUACACAUACUCAGAUGACGAGAGGGACUCUUUCUCAGACUCCACCACGCGCCGGUCGACCCGCAACACCAGGAAUGCCACGCCUGCGGAGCCCAGCGGUCCUGUCACGACGGCCAGCGGCAGGCAGGUGAGGGCGCCCACUCGGCUGAACGCCGAGAACGCUAGCAACGGUGUCCCCAGCGCUUCCACGAGCGUGCAAGGAGAUGGUGAGGAUUUGGAGAUUAAGCAAACCACCCGGUCAGGGCGUCCGCAGAGGUCUGCCGCCGCAAGUCACGGCUCGAAUAGCUGGGCGACCAGGAAGCGGAAGAGCGAGGAGUACGAUUCGGACGAGUCCGAAGAAGAGGAGGGCAGUGAGCCGGACUUUGGGGACGAUGAGGAAGAAGAACACGUCCCGGAGGAGGAGUCGGAGGUGGACGAGGAAGAGUUUGAGGAGGACGACAUCAUGGAUGAGGAUUUGGACGGCGUCAAAAAGCCCAGCUUGAUCUUCACGUUCCCAAUUCGAGUCUCGUUUGACGAGAACAACAAGGUGCGGCAGAUUCCGGGCCCGCCGGUUGCGGUCGAAAAGCAAAAGCACCCAAGGACGGCGCACCGCAAUGUGGUUGUUAGCGGCGACUCCGAGGUCAGCGAUGCCAGUCCUGCGGAGCCCGUUGUCACGGAACCUGAACCGCCGGCGGCCGAGGUCAUUUCCGUUGCAACAAAGCGUCUGACACCACUGGAGCCUGGCGGAUCACAGUCCGAAGCGGGUGUGAGCCAGCCAGCUGAGCCAGCGGAGAAAAGCGCGGCGGGUGCGGACCAGCCGAUGGUUGACGCUGCGGAUACAGUCAAGUCGCCGCCGACGCCCUCGAGCGAACCGGCGACAUCUCUGGCUCUUAGGGGCAGCCCAGAGAUCGCCAGGUCUGCUCCUCGGCCUGCUGAUGCCGUCCCCGCCGAGUGAUGGGUACCUCAAAACAAGAUAUGGAGCUUUAUUGUGACUUUAUGGGAGUUUGGCGCCACGGCGAGACAUGCCAAGAAUCAACCGGUCUAUUAUUUAGAUGGCAUGGCUAUGUCAAAACAGUGAGCUUACUGGACGAUACACGGCUGAAAAAGCGGGAAUUGGUCAAUGUGCUUUAAGACUCAUUGUCCGUAAUAGAUUUGUUGUCCC